AUGAGCGUGCCCAUCAUCUGUGACUUCGGCUCCGGCUCCAGCAAGGUGGGCUUUGCAGGGGCAAAGGUGCCCCUGGCCGUCUUCCCCACCGUCCUCGGCAAGUUCCGGCACCUCAGAGACGACCUGAUGGUGGGGCUGGACAGGAAAGUCUGGUUCAUCGGCGAUGAGGUUCAGGAGCAGCAAGAGAAACUCAACCUGGUGUACCCCCUCUCGCGGGCCACGGUCACCAACUGGGACCACAUGGAGAAGAUCCUGUUUGAGACCUUCAACGUGCCCGCCCUGUACCUGGUCAACCAAGGGGUCCUGUCUCUCUUCUCCUCCGGCCUGACCUCUGGAACAAUCAUUGAAUCUGGAGACGGGAUGACACACUUUGUGCCCAUCAUCGAGGGCUAUCCGCUGCGCCAGUCGACCAUGCAGAUGGAGGUGGCAGGCCAGGACAUAACCCUGUACCUCAUGCAGCUGCUGUCCCAGAAGGGGAACUCUCUGGUGGGCAUAGGCGACCGGGAGUACAUCCGGGACCUGAAAGAGAAGUGCUGCUACGUGGCUUUGAACUUCGACAAGGAGAAGGCGGCAGCCCCCUUGCUGACCCGGGCAUGGACGCACCAGCUGCCGGACGGCCGGGAGAUCGACCUCGGGCAGGAGAUGUUCCUCUGCAUGGAGGUGCUUUUCCAGCCGGACCUCAUAGGCGACCGGGAGUACAUCCGGGACCUGAAAGAGAAGUGCUGCUACGUGGCUUUGAACUUCGACAAGGAGAAGGCGGCAGCCCCCUUGCUGACCCGGGCAUGGACGCACCAGCUGCCGGACGGCCGGGAGAUCGACCUCGGGCAGGAGAUGUUCCUCUGCAUGGAGGUGCUUUUCCAGCCGGACCUCAUAGGGAGGAACAGCCUGGGCGCCCACAUGAUCGCCUUCCGCAGUGUCAGCUCCUGCAGCACCCGCCAGCAGAGAACCCUCUUCGGGAGCGUGCUGCUGUCCGGAGGCACCGGUGUGUCCACCUGCCCCUGCUCCGUGUACAGUGCCUGGAUGGGCGGCUCCGUGCUGUGCUCACUCUCUACCUUCAAGGACAUGUGGGUCAGCAGUGACGACUACAAGGAAGAGGGCCCCUCUGCCGUCAGUAGGAAGUCCUUCUGA